AUCACUAUUAACCAGUCACAGGUAAACAUCACUAUUAACCAGUAUCUACAACAGGUAAACAUCACUGUAUUAACCAGUAUCUACAACAGGUAAACAUCACUAUUAACGAGGGAUGGGCACGAGUAGUAAAUUCCAAACUCGAGUGAUCGAAGGAAUUCCUCGAGGAUCAAUCGAGUACUCGUUAAAUCAAACCUAUUUUUAGAAUGCAACGCAUCUGCAGCAGGAAUAGGCCUAAUGAUGAACGGCAAUAUUACCAACCAAACAUGUAAUGCUUGUUCUCCAUAAAAACAGUCAGAGUUAUCAGAGUAUUCAUUAUUUAUUUUUGCGUUCAAAACACAUUUUCCUUACAAAAAUAAAUAUGCGUCUCACAAUUUAAAUCAAGGCCUGUAAAGGUUAAAAAAAACAAAACGAAACAAGUAGCCUAACCAUUGCAAAUAAUUUAAAGCUGCAAAUAAAACGGCAGCAAAUGGACUAUGGAAAUACUCAGCGUUGUGAUCUUCUCUACACGCCCGGGAUUACAGCUGCGUCUUGCGGCGGUGAAAAUAGCCGACACACUUGGUUGCUGCGGGUCUGCUUUCCUGAACUCACCGUUGUGUUUCAGGAGCAUAUGUUGCAGCAUAGUUCUUGUAGUACUCUGGUAGCUGGAUUUCGCUUGGCAUAUUUUACGUUUCACCUUAUGAUUUCAAUUCUUCGCUGCGCUUUGCUCUAACUGCCAUCUCUUAACUUUUUGAAUUCUGGCGUGCCUGCACACGGCACGGCACGCGCCACACAGACAUUUGAUACAUUUCAUUUGCUUUGUGCCCACGGCAUGCGUUAGUGGCGCCGCACAGAAAAUUGAUACAUUUGCUUCAGAAAACAUUGUUUGUGUGUGUAUAUGCAAACUCCAGUUUGUCUGUCCACCAACCGAGUUUUUUGUAACGAGGAGUACUCGAGUAAUUGAUUCCUCAUGCCCAUCCCUACUAUUAACCAGUAUCUACAACAGGUAAACAUCACUAUUUACCAGUCACAGGUAAUCAUCACUAUUAACCAGUAUCUACAACAGGUGUAUGAGGCCCUAGAUAACCACGAGGGCUCCUUCUGUGCUGAGCUGCUGUCCUUCAAACACCCCCAUGUGGCCAACCCCCGACUACAGCUGCCCAAUCCUGAGGACAAGUGCCAGCAGGUCCUAGAGCCGCCGUACGACGAGAUGGUGGCUGCACACUUGAGGUGUACGUCCGCGGCUGCCAACCACGACUUCAUAGAGGCCUACAAGUUCCAGACCCUGGUCGUCCAGUCCUUCCUGAAGGCCUUUCAGGCUCACAAAGAAGAGAACUGGGCUCUUCCACUGAUGUUUUCAGUGACUCUGGAUCUCACAAUCUUCGCCAACAAUGCAGAGCAGCAGCUGCUGAAGAAGGGCAAAGGUCAACCGGGGGACAUGUUGGAGAAGGCAGCAGAGCAGCUGAUGAGCUGCUUCAGAGUGUGUGCUAGUGACAACCGAGCCGGUCUUGACGACUCUAAGAAGUGGGGCAUGUUGUUCUUGAUAAACCAACUCUUCAAGAUCUACUUCAAGAUCAAUAAGCUCCACCUCUGUAAGCCUCUGAUCAGAGCCAUCGACAGCUCCACCCUGAAGGACGAGUACAGCAUGGCCCAACGAGUGACCUACAAGUACUACGUAGGGCGCAAGGCCAUGUUCGACAGCGACUUCAAACCAGCGGAGGAGUGCCUCUCCUUCUCCUUCCAGCACUGCCAUCGCUCGAGUCAGAAGAACAAGAGGAUGAUUCUUAUCUACCUCCUCCCUGUUAAGAUGCUGCUGGGCCACAUGCCGACGCUCCAGCUGCUCAGGAAGUACGACCUCAUGCAGUUUGCAGACGUCACCAAAGCUGUCAGGGAGGGGAACCUGCUGCUGCUCACCGAGGCGUUGGCGAGACACGAGACGUUCUUCAUCCGCUGCGGAAUCUUCCUCAUCCUCGAGAAACUGAAGAUCAUCACCUACCGCAACCUCUUCAAGACUGUUUACCAGCUGCUGAGGAGCCACCAGUUGCCGCUGGAAGCCUUCCUCGUCUGUCUGAGGAUGAUGAAGGUGGACGGGCUGGACCUCGACGAAGUGCAGUGUCUCCUGGCCAACCUGAUCUACAUGGGUCAUAUCAAAGGCUACAUCUCUCAUCAGCACCAGAAGCUGGUGGUCAGUAAGCAGAACCCCUUCCCCCCGCUGUCCUCGGUGUCGUAGGGUCCGACCCCCCAGGACCCUCAAGGCCGCCCACCCCCAGACCUGGAAUCGUUCUUUGUACUGUUGACUGUGAAUAAAGGUUUGAACCGCUCUGUGUUCUCCUGGUUAAU